GACACUGUUAGAUUCAUUCUGUUUUGUCAGUUCUGAAUUUAUUAGUCUAGUAUGUACUACCAAUAUGAGCCAUCCAACAAAACAUUCGCUCCCAUCGUGGAAAGGUAAAAAUGAUGAAGAUACGAAAUUCGACGAGAGGUACAGAUAUGAAGAACCGAGAGACCCUCCUCGAAUUGUUGGUUUCACUUUCAAAAAUUCAAAAAGAGUUCUUGAAUCGACCUGCGACGAACAUAAUGAUACACCUUAUGGAAUGUCACCAGGAAAAUAGUUGAUCACUGUUGAUGGAUAUGACAUCAAGUCAAGAAAUUCUUGAAGUCUUAUUCAAUGUUGGUAAAGCUGCUAAAAAGGGUUCAGAAGCUGACUUUUAUUUUAUAUCAAUUUCUUUAUUUAGGGGUUAUUUUAGUUUUCCUAGUACAUUUUUUUUAGUGCAGAAUAAAACCAUUUAAAAUGAA